AUGGAGGUGAACGUCAGGCGACGUCGUGCGAUACAGACACGGCUACGAGGACCGGCGCAGGAAAUAGAUUUUCAGCAAUACCCUGACGGCAUAAGGACAACGAUUAUCAAGGACCACACCGACGCGAAUAACACACUAGCAUGGCAACAACGAGCUGAUAAGCUACACGAAGGUAUCCCAUCGUUUCCGUUCCAGAUCUAUAUUCUACAAAAUGUGAUUGGGGAUGGUCACGAUCAUGAUUUGGCGGCGAAGAUUGCUUCCUGCCUCUCCGUCAAUGAUACAGAUGCAUACUGCCGGUACGAAGUCUAUGGCCACCGAUUUAGUAACGCUUUAGAGUGCGUUGAACACCAACGCCAUGAGGUUCAAUGGCGCAACCGUAAUGGCAUCUGGCCUAGACUCGUUGAGACGUGGAGUCCGCCACCACGGGAAGCAUAUCAAGGCUGUAUCAUUGUCAUCGAUGCAGCUGACUGGGAAGCCGAGGGUGUGGCGGUCGUUGAAUUCGAUCCUGCGAACAUCUUUGGUGACGUGUCGCGGAUGUCUCCGACCGACCUUGUUACAGCUACUCGCCAGCAACCCGAAAAGCUGCAUGAGGAAAUGCUUAGGAUAUGGAGGAGUGCGGGACAUACAUGGACCCAGACUGAUCUGAUUAGGAGGAAUGAUGUUGGCUUUUCGCCUGCUCUCUAUCCUGCUGUAGAUCCAGCCGCCCGCAAUGAUGUCGAGCACGAUUUUGACGAUCCCAUAGACUUGCCAGGCCCCGCCAUCAAUAGUGAUGCUAGUGGCGAGGGAAGCGCAAGCAAGCAGGAUGCAGAAGACAGCUUCACCGCCGCAGAGAUGUGGCGCAAUAUCAGCCUUGACAACGACGGACUGAAGAUCGAAUCCUUCGAGGACCUAUCUGGUAGUGUUAUAGAGAGCGUCUGGUCAGCAGAAAAGGGCAACACGCGACCUCCACUAGCAUUCACUCUCUACUGUGGAGCAGUCCCUUACUUCCACUCCGCUGCCCUUUUCCGUUGCUUGAACCGGCGUCAAAUGAGUAGCGUGCCAUGGACGCUUGAUGUCGUACGUAAGCUCAGCACGCCAGGAGAGGCCUUGAAACACUUCGGGUACGAGUCGCCAAGACGAACACAACAGUGCACGGAGAAGAGGCGCCUUUGCACGCAGAUGCUGCUGAACAAGAUUGCCAGCGACCGCCUCCCGACGGAGCUGCUCGAGCAAAUAGAGGACAUCCUGCUACCGCCGUAUAUGCCAAGGCUCGCGGAGUUUUGGGAGCACUGCUUCUUAUACGUCGAUGCCUCCUCAAAGCAAACACUUCUGGAAGGUCCAUUGUUGGUACGUGCAAACGCACCCGGUACUUCUAGACACGUCCAAGAAGGGCCGAGCACCAAUGUCGAACAGCAUGAGGGCAGCCGAGAGUGUCUGGCCGUCACGACAUUGCGGUCUUGGGAUGCAGUGACGCAGAUCAUGUACGGGUACUUUUAUAAGCGCUACUAUCAGAUGCGAUCGUCUGCGUUACACGGUCGGUAG